CAGGUACACACAUCUGCACUCACAUACAUGUCCCUCUCUCACUUAUGCACCCACGCACACACACACACACACACACACACAUGUAUGUAUGCAUGUCACUAUGAGUCUAUGAUACACGCAUAGACUCUGAGAUAUACAUACAUAUACAUACACACGUUUAUAUAACUUUGUAUCCCUUUUACGUGGCGAAAUCACUUACACUUGCAGAAUUCAAAAGACAAGAUGAAGUAAAGCAAAAGAUUCUAUUGUAUAUCUUCAUAAAUAUAAAUAUCUUUUAGUCAGAAUAUCACAUUAGAUCCUAACCAUACUAUAUAAACACAAUAUUUAUACAUAUUUAUACAUAUAUUUAUAUGUAUACUACAUCUAUUGUAUAAUACGUACACAAAGAAUUAUCAACUAUAUAUAUAUAUACAUAUAUAUAAUAUAAUACUAUAUAAUAUACUAAAAUAUAUUAUAACUAAAUAUUUGCAAUAAAAAAGAAAAAAAGACAUCAAAAAUAAAGUGUACAACAACAAUAAGAGCAACAAUGGGUUUUACACAAUUUCUAAAGGUUUGCCUUUUUUUCAUGUUUAAUAUAAACUGCUCCCUUGUUUAUGCUCGAAUAAGUUUUCAAAAGGACCAGAGGAUUGAUUAUGUGUUCCCCCCACUGAUUGAGAAAUCUGUUGAUUCUAGAAUUCCUGAAGGACAUCUAAGACCACUCGGGUUUCAGCGACACCCUGAUGGCAAAGUAAAAGAAACAAAAGGAAUGCCCAAUCCGGAAUCAUUCUACAAAUACAUCCAAGACAACCAGCCUGUAAUGAUGUUAGGAGCAAUGAAGAAUGUCCCAAUAGCUAAAACAUGGGAAAAAGAUGAUUACUUAAAGGAAAAGUAUGGUAAUAUAUCUGUGCCUGUAAGUGUGCGGAAACAACAAUUUCCAGGUAAAGUGAGAAUCGUUCAAAUGAAAUUCAAGAAAUUCCUUCUUGAGUACAUGUACGAAGACUGGUACCUUGCAACGACCAUUCCGCUUCUAAUGGCUAGUGAACUAACUAUUCCUCAAUGUCUCAGUUGUGGAUCUUAUUUUCACCGUCUGCUUGAGUCUGAGUUAUGGAUUAGCAGUGGUUUUGCCAACACCCAGCUACACAGUCAUUCCGACCAUAUUCUACACUGCUUGCAGUUUGGACGUCGGGAUUUUAUUCUCAUGAAAAAGAAAUACAAGAAAAACUUCGAAUUUGUGGAAGAGUAUCCCACAUCAAUUUCUGGUCAUUCUCCACUGGACAUGAACAAAAUAAACAUGUUCAAAAAUACCAACUUUGCAAAAACCCCAUGGGUAUAUGCUAGUCUCUAUGGUGGAGAUUGUCUGUAUAUACCAUCUGAAUACUUGCAUCAAGUGAGAUCUUACGGGAGAGCUAUUUCCUAUACAAUCCACUUUGCACCAUCUACUCAGUUUGAUCUGAGGGGUUGCUUUGGAGAUGAAGUCCAAAAAACAUUUAAACUUACAGAUGCCAAUUUCUUAUGGACAUACACUAAAGGGCAUAAGCAACUAUCUAAUGUAAAAUUCAGCCCAGAAAGUUUCCAGAAACUUCUACAACUUUUGCUAGGAGCUAAGGAUAGACUUUCUUUUCACCAGUUUGAACAUUUUUAUGACAUGGCUUUCAAGCAAGACAACAAAAGACCUCCUGCAUUGGAAGUGUUCUGGAAGAUGGCAAAAAAAGACAAAGAUUAUUUGACUCGUCAUGAAAUCGAUAAUCUUUCUCCUCGCAAACUGAUGGUUGUUGUGAAAGUUUUCAAUUCUAGAUUCUCAAAAAAGAAAGAAGAACUUUAAAAUAAUACUUAAUCUCAGCCUACUGCAUCAUCAUCAUCAUCAUCAUCACCAUCGUCAUCAUCAUCAUCAUCAACAUCAUCAUUAUUAUUAUUAUUAUUAUUAUUAUCAUUAUCAUUAUUAUUAUUAUUUGAUGAAAACUCACAGCUUAUUUUGCUAGGUAUGAUGGAAAGUGUCAGCUGUCCACAACCAGCAGACUAAGGUGACACCUGUUUUACUGGUCACGCUUCAAGAACCCUGUAAUGGAUUCUUUUAGUUCCAAGCAUGGCUGAUUUGUGUAGGCGUUCUACCUUCACACUUGCACCAACCUUUUUCAGCCAUGCUGGUAGCUGAAUGUUGAUACUUCCAAAUGCACCAAUUACUAUUUGGAUCAUGUCUAAUUAUUAUUAUUAUUAUUAUUAUUAUUAUUAUUAUUAUUAUUAUUCUUUUAAAAUGCAUGUUUGAUACAAUCACUUACUGGGUCCACCUACAGGGCAGCUGAUGGUCAAGAGAUGUUUAGAUAUAAUUGAUAGUUUGUGGAGGGCAAGGCAAGUGGGGAGGAUAGUACAGAAAUACAUUCAUAUAACACAACACAAAAUACUUAAGUUGAUAUAGUUUUUCUAAGGAUUUGAGUGGUUCUUAUCAGUACAAUCUCUUGAAAUUUCUUUGAGAGAUGGGUCUCCUGGGAUCUUAUCUUGGUGUUUCUGAUAUAACUUUUCUAUUAUACCAAGAGCACCUACUAUAACAGGUACAGUUUUUUGCUUUAAGAUACUACAUCUUUUGUAUUUCAAUUUCUAGAUCUUUAUAUUUAGUGAUCUUGUCAAAUUCCUUGACAGAUGUAUUUUUAUUAAAUACUUACAUCUAUCAGUUUACAAGUAUUUUCUUUCUUUUUAUUAUUAUUAUUUUAUUGUCUUUGCACAGCUUCUAAUGCUGGAAAUGUACUACAGUGUCAGCUGUUCACUACCAGUGAACUAAGGUAACACCCCUUAUUUUUUGAGCACCAUCUGGAGUAUUUGUGCAGUUCCAAGCAGUGCUGUUUUCUGCAAGUGCUCCACCCUGAUUGCAGCACCUAUUUGUUCCAUGUACUUCUCAAGAUUUUUUCUCACUAUUAUUGUCAUUGUUGUUGUUACUUCAGUAGUUUUAUUUAUAUUGCCUGUGCUUACUACACAAGUGAACCCAACUCUGUGUAUUGUGAGCCAUGCAGUGUUUAGUUUUGCUUUUACAUUUUCUAUUGUCAAACAUCACACAUAGUUUGUAGCUUCUAUGUUUUGACACUUCAUAUAUGCAUGAGCUCUUUGUAGCAAAUAAAGAACAAAUUAUUAUUA